UGCCUUGCACUGGGCAUUCUUGACCACUAAUUUAGUUGCUCCAGCUACUAAUUAUUGCAAUCGCCCCGAGAGGAAAGUAGUAGAUCUAGUAUAGCGCUUAUCAGUCAAGGAGAGUCUAACUCUACAGUACCAGUGCACAACUAGUCUAGGUAUAAUAUUAUAGCUGCAAGAAUUGUGCAAAGAGAGGGGCGUAGCUAUUUCCAGCUUCUGCCAAGUGUCAUAUUUUCCUUGCAAGACAGGACUUCGCUUGCCAUGGCAAGGCAAGGGUUGUUGAAUUGUGAAAACCUAAAGCUUGGGCUCACAAAGUGGGCUUUGAUUAUCUUUAAUGUGGCAUUUUGGUGCAUUGGUGUGGUGUCAUUGGGCAUUGGGAUCUGGCUGUACAUCACCAAGAAUGAGUAUGCUGUGUUGACUGAUGGGAGAUAUCUGCUAGGAUCUGCCUUCCUUGUUGCUAUUGGAUUUGGAGUGAUCAUAGUGGGAUUUCUGGGCAUCGUGGCAGUCGUUUGGGAGAGCAAUAUCGUGGCCUCAUUUUUUGGAAGUAUGAUUUUCCUUGCAUUUGGCAUGUACAUGGCAAUUGGUAUAUGGUCCCUCGCCAACCUGAGUCACGUUGAAGACACCACUGUAUCAGACCUUCAGGGAACUAUGACUGCAUAUGGGACUAAUCCAGCAUAUGCUGAAGGUUGGAACUCCAUGCAGGCCAAUCUCAUGUGCUGUGGAGUGAAUAGCUACACACAGUGGAGCACUGUCCUCCCAUCUCCAUCCUAUCCUGGAUCAUGCUGUAGUGAUGCAUUGAACUGCUACUCAAACACGGCUUCAAGAAGUGUCUACACAGAGGGUUGUCUUAACAGUUUGGUGGAAUAUGAGAAGGAACAACUGAACGUGAUGGGCCCCAUUGCACUGGCAUUUGGGUUUUUUCAAAUCAUUGGCCUUCUCAUCAGCAUACUGUUCUGUAUCACAGUACGAAGUACCAAAGCUUCCUAUUACACAUAAUGAAUGAACAAGCUAGAAUAUAGUUGCAUGCAUGUUAUUGUAUGAUACUCUUAGAAGGAAAGACACUUCCACGUUCAUGUUUUUACUCAUAUAUAAAAUACAACAAUCAAUUAUAGAGAGUGUGAAAA